AUGAGGGUGUCCGUGCCGGGUCCCGUGGCCGCCGCUGCCGCCGCUCCGGUGGCCGGCCGCGAGCCCUCGACGCCGGGCCAGGGCGGCGGAGGGGAAGGCGCCGUCGCGGCCGCCUCGGGCGCCGCGGUGCCGGGCUCGGUGCAGUUGGCGCUGAGCGUCCUGCACGCCCUGCUCUACGCCGCGCUCUUCGCCUUUGCCUACCUGCAGCUGUGGCGGCUGCUGCUGUACCGCGAGCGGCGGCUGAGUUACCAGAGCCUCUGCCUCUUCCUCUGCCUCCUGUGGGCAGCGCUCAGGACCACCCUCUUCUCCGCCGCCUUCUCGCUGAGCGGCUCCCUGCCUCUGCUCCGGCCGCCCGCCCGCCUGCACUUCUUCCCCCACUGGCUGCUCUACUGCUUCCCCUCCUGCCUCCAGUUCUCCACGCUCUGUCUCCUCAACCUCUACCUGGCGGAGGUUAUAUGUAAAGUCAGAUGUGCCACUGAACUUGACAAACACAGAAUUCUAUUGCAUUUGGGCUUUAUAUUGGCAAGCCUUGUCUUUUUAGUAGUGAACUUGACUUGUGCAAUGAUAGUCCAUGGAGAUGUCCCAGAAAAUCAGUUGAAAUGGACUGUGUUUGUUCGAGCGUUAAUUAAUGAUAGCUUGUUUAUUCUUUGUGCCAUCUCUUUAGUUAGUUAUAUAUGCAAAAUUACAAAAAUGUCAUCAGCAAAUGUCUACCUCGAAUCAAAGGGUAUGUCUCUGUGCCAGACUGUUGUCGUAAGCUCUGUAGUCAUUCUUCUCUACUCCUCAAGAGCAUGUUAUAAUUUGGUGGUGAUCACCCUAUCUCAGGAUACAUUAGAAAGUCCAUUUAAUUAUGGCUGGUAUAAUCUUUCAGAUAAGGCUCAUAUGCAAGAUGUAAAUGGAGAAGAGUAUAUAGUAUUUGGAAUGGUCCUCUUUCUGUGGGAACAUGUGCCAGCAUGGUCGGUGGUACUAUUUUUCCGGGCACAGAGAUUAAACCAGAAUUUGGCACCUGCUGGCAUGAUAAAUAGUCACAGUUAUAGUCCCAGAGCUUAUUUUUUUGACAAUCCAAGACGAUAUGAUAGUGAUGAUGACCUGCCAAGACUGGGAAGUUCAAGAGAAGGAAGUUUAUCAAAUUCACAAGGGUUGGGCUGGUAUGGCACCAUGGCAGGGUGUGGCAGCAACAGUUACACCGUCUCUCCCCACCUGAAUGGACCUAUGACAGAUACUGCUCCUUUGCUCUUUACUUGUAGUAAUUUCGAUUUGAACAAUCACCAUAGCUUAUAUGUAACACCACAAAACUGACAGCAUUACCAAGUUGUGAUUCUUCAGUUGUUUUUCAUGAAUGUGUGUAUUCAAUGCGUUUAAAUGCCAUCUACAUAAACAUUCCAUUAUCUUUUGCAACUGAAAACAACGCCUGGAAAUGUGGCUGUGUUCAGCAGAGGACACAGCUAUUACUUUGACCUCUUCACAGUACAGUGAAGUUAAAUGGAACAUUUGGAGUGGGAGAAAAGAGAGAUUAGAUCUUAAGGCCCUUGAUGGUCUCCAAACAACUUGACUGUGGAACAUCAAAAGCAUAUUUGCAUAUUUGCACUUUUAUCUUUUUCUGAAGAGUACACUGCAGUCCUCAAAGUCAUACUCCAGUGUUCACCCUGCGAUAUUAUAUUGUACACCAAAUUAAGAGGCAGUUUUCCUAUUAAAAUAAACGUCUGUGUAUUACGUGGUGUACUCUAUAUGGAAUUUUUACCCAAUAAAAAUUUUACAAUGUGAAAAGUGCACAGAACUAAAGCAUAAAAAUGUAUUAUUCUUUUUUUAAAUAUACUAAAAAAUAUGUAAUCAUUGAAGAUAGUUCUUUUAAGCAUGAUCAUAAAAUACCAACUUCAAUUAUUCAAACAAUCUUUUUUUUUUUAAUGAUAGUAGUAAACCUUUACAGUGAUGACCAGCAGUGUUCUUUGGAAAGCCACAGUUAUUUCUUCAAGAAGAAAGUACACCAGUGAAAAUUAUGUGGCUACUUUGAGUAGAAGUAGUCAAGUGAUUAUUUUGUAUGAUUAAGAUACAUGUAGUAGGUUAAGCAUGAUUCUUCAAGAAAGCAAUAGUGGUUUUUGCAUAGGGAUAUUUUGGUAGAAAUCUCUUGGAACUAAACAAGUUUACAGAUGCAUUUAAGAGUUAUUCAUGAAAUAUACAAUUCUAAGUUAAAACAUGAAUAGAAUACAUUUGCAAAAGCAUUUGAUUUAGCUGAAACAAGAUUUUACCUGGUUUUACCGGAAAAGCAGGAUUGUCCUCAGGUAAAUUAAAUCAUGAUACAUCAUUGCAGUGAACUCAAGUGCAAUACUUUGUAAGACAUAAGUCCUCCUUUAGUUUUCACAUUUUUAUAUCUUAUAUGGGCAAAGCCAAAUUAAAUUUAAUUCCAACACUAUAUAAAUAAGCAAACUGAUAUGAAGGUACUAACUAGGUAAGUAUAAAACCAGUGGUUAGCAACAUUGGAAUACUUUUUGAAUUAUAUUAAAACUGUCUUGAAUGUCCUAUCCCAAAUCUAAAAAAAAUAUAUGGUAGGCUAAGGUAAUAGAGAAUUUUAAAAUGCACUUUCUACCAGUGUUUAUAUUAAGAGAAGGAUUGCUGCAUACCUCAAGAUGCCAAGGGAACAGGCAACAUUGGGAAGCUGUCACAGCAUACUUUAAGACACCUAACUUUAUACAAUUGUCUGCUGAUCUGUUUCUUCAGAACUGGAACUAAUACAACUGUCCUUUUCUGUCUCCUAAUUUUAUUUGAAAGUUAUGUUUUAUUUCUACUCUCGCUUAAAAUACCUUUCAACUUUUUAAUAAUGGAUACAGUAACUUCACAAAAGUAUAACAGUACGUGAAACCCCCAAGGAAUAAAUGAAAUUUUUAAUGCUUUCGGUCUUUUGGGAGGCUGGUACACAGCCAAAUAAAUUUAUUCUUUUUAUCAUACAAGAUGACUUUGAAUUCAAUCAGAAUCAUAAACCUACAGUUAUGCUACUUUAGGUUCAUAAAUUCUCUUAUUGUAACCAAAUUAUUUUAAAAUGUAUAUUACAGAAGUUAACCUUGGUAUUUACAUGACAAUAGAGUAUGCAGCUCAGUAUAUUGUGAUUACAACUUGUUAUUAGAUUUCUUUUCAGAAAGCCAACUAUUAAUUUUCCUAAAAAUGUUAGGUAUUUGAUUAUCUGAAACUGUAUGACAAGAUUUGUGUUAACCCUUGGGAUUCAAAUACAGGAAAUUUUUUUCUAGUAAGGCUUCCCUAGAUAAUGUUUCUAUUUGACCAGAUAAGCGAAGAUUACUUUUUUAAAAAAGUAUUUUAGAUAAAAUACUGUAACUUGGUUCUUUCAAUUGCUUUAGUUGAUUCCUCCAAAUUUGAGAUUUAUAAAUAUAUUCUUAUGACUGACUAGGGUACCUAAAUUCUUGCCUUUGUCUCUUUAUACACAUCUCCCACAAUACAUCACCAAAGACAAAGAAAUAUAAGCUUCUGGCCCAAUUUUUGCUUGAAAAUUCCAAAGCACUAGGAGCACUUUAAGUUUGGUCUUGAAAGGAGUUGUUUAUAAAAUCAAAGGGCUACCGAUUCCUUGUUCAUCCUGCACUGAAGCACAUGAUGACAAUUUCAAACCUUCCUCUUGGUUCAUUAAUUAGAACAAUGCAUUUCAUUGCUUAAGUGUGUAAUUCUACAGUGAUUAGCAAGUACUUGUUUUUAUCAUUUCAUUUGGGUGGCCAUUAAUUAUGAAACUCUUACCCCUCAUUAUAGCUGGUUGUAGUUUUUAUUAAAGAUGUAAUUUAUAGCUAGUAGCUUUUUUAUGCAUAGCUGCCUUUUUAUUGUUUUACAGUGUUUCUCAGCUAUAUGAUCAGUUUCAAACUGGUUGUAAAAGUAUAGCUGUGGUCAAUGAAUGUAUUUAUUUGUUGUUUCACUAAAUUGUAACAAAACACUCCUGUUAAAAUAAAAGUGUUUGUGCUUUUA